CUCGACCGAGAGAGCACUCUGGCGCAUUAUUUUCCGCGUGGGGGAGCAUUCCACCUGAUUGAGCAAUGUAUUUAACACUCCCACGUCCUCGGCCUUCCAAGUUUUACAGACCCCUCACUUUUGCUGCGUCCUGAUCCUGCUGUCAAACCUCUAUCCACCAUGCCUCCCUCUACCCAAAGCAGCUCUGUGAAGUCGUUCCCUACGAUCAAGCAUGUGCGCACCUUUCUCACUCAGGGUCCCGGAUCUGGCGGCGACUACCACAAUGUGCACGGCGGCCAUUGGUUGAUCGACAGCAAGAUCUCGACUCCCAUGUCCCAGUAUGAGAAGUACAGAAAGUCAAGAACCAGCUGGGGAAUCAAUGUCCUUGGAUCUUUCUGCGUAGAGCUUGAGGCUACAGACGGCACAAAGGGUUUUGCGACUGGCUUCGGUGGCCCGCCAGCAUGCUGGUUGGUCGCAGAACACUUCGAGCGUUUCCUGGUCGGGGCCGACCCUAGAGAUACCAACUACCUGUUUGAGCAGAUGUACCGUGGAAGCAUGUUCUACGGUCGCAAGGGUCUUCCCGUCGCUGUUAUCUCCGUUAUUGAUCUCGCUAUCUGGGAUCUUUUGGGCAAGAUUCGCGGCGAGCCCGUCUAUAAGAUGCUUGGUGGAUCAACUCAGGAGAACGGCAGGCUCAACUUCUACUGCACUGGCCCUGAGCCGGCUGCAGCCAAGGCGAUGGGUUUCUUCGGUGCUAAGGUCCCUCUUCCAUACGGCCCUGGCGAGGGUGUUGAGGGUUUGAAGAAGAACGUCGAGUUCCUCACCAAGCAUCGUGAGGCAGUUGGACCCGACUUUCCUCUCAUGGUCGACUGCUACAUGUCCCUUACUGUUCCCUACACAAUCGAGGUUGUCAAGGCUACUGCACACCUGAACCUCAACUGGUGGGAGGAGUGCCUUAGCCCUGAUGACACCGAUGGCUUCGAGCAGAUCAAGCGCGCACACCCCAGCCAGAAGUUCACUACUGGUGAGCACGAGUACUCGAGGUACGGCUUCCGCAAGCUAAUCGAGGGCCGCAACCUCGACAUCCUCCAGCCAGACGUCAUGUGGGUCGGCGGUAUGACAGAGCUCAUCAAGAUCGCUGCCAUGGCAUCAGCCUACGACAUUCCCGUCGUUCCCCACGCUUCGGGACCAUACUCAUACCACUUCGUUGUCUCGCAAGCCAACUCUCCUUUCCAGGAGUACCUGGCGAACAGCCCUGACGGAAAGUCUGUCCUGCCAGUCUUCGGCAAUCUCUUCACCAACGAGCCCAUCCCCACCAAGGGCUACCUCGAUGUCAAGGACCUCGACCUCCCCGGUUUUGGUCUCGAGCUGAACCCCAACGCUGGUCUCAUUGAUGCUGCACGAAUCCUCAACCCUGCACCAGUCAAGGCUCUGAAGUCUGCUGAGGAGCAGGAGGCUCAGGCCAACGCCAUCAAAAACACCGUCAACGAGGCUCUUGAGAAGCUCAAUCUCACUGGAGGUGCACAGGCUGCCCCAGCCAAAGAGCCUACAGAGGAGCAGCUGAACGAGCUUAAGUCGAAGUACAAGAAGGCCGGCCAGGAGCAGGUCUUUGCCUUCUACGACAAGCUCUCCACAGCAGAAAAGGCUGCUCUCUUCGAGCAGCUCUCCAACUUCAACCCCGACUACAUCAACGAGAUCACAGAGAAGGCCCUGAAGCCUGCACAAGCCGAGUCUACUGAGACAAAACUCGAGCCCCUCCCCGAGAGCGCCACAUCGUCGACCCUCGACACACAACAGGAUGACUUGGACAAGUGGUAUGACAUCGGUCUGGACCUGAUCGCUGAGAACAAGGUCGCCGUUGUCCUGAUGGCUGGUGGCCAGGGCACACGAUUGGGCUCUUCGGACCCUAAGGGCUGCUUCGACAUCGGCCUCCCCAGCAAAAAGUCGCUGUUCCAGCUCCAGGGCGAGAGGAUUGCGAAGGCCGAGCUAUUAGCCAAGAAGAAGCACGGCAAGGACAGCGUUACCAUCCCCUGGUACGUCAUGACCUCUGGUCCUACAAGGAAGCCCACCGAGCAAUUCUUUGAGAAGAACAACUACUUCGGUCUCAAGAAGGACAACGUCGUUGUUUUCGAGCAGGGCGUGUUGCCCUGCAUUUCGAACGAUGGCAAGAUCCUGCUCGAGAGCAAGUCAAAGGUUGCCGUGGCCCCUGAUGGCAACGGUGGUAUUUACCAAGCUCUCAUCCAGUCUGGCGUCAUUCAGGACAUGGGCAAGCGCGGCAUCCAGCACAUCCACGCUUACUGCGUCGACAACUGCCUUGUCAAGGUCGCCGAUCCCCUCUUCAUUGGUUUCUCGGCGUCGAAGAACGUCGACAUCGCUACCAAGGUCGUCCGUAAGCGCAACGCGAAGGAGUCUGUUGGUCUCAUCCUGCAGAAGAACGGCAAGCCCGAUGUUGUUGAGUACUCGGAGAUUGACAACGAGACAGCAGAGGCCAAGGACUCAAAGAACCCUGAGCUCCUGAAGUUCCGUGCCGCCAACAUUGUCAACCACUACUACUCGUACAAGUUCCUCGAGAGCAUCCCCGAGUGGGCAAAGAAGCUGCCCCACCACGUUGCCCGCAAGAAGAUCCCAUACGUCAACACUGAGACUGGCGAGACCGUCAAGCCUGAGAAGCCCAACGGCAUCAAGCUUGAGCAGUUCGUCUUCGACUGCUUCCCCUUCCUCAGCCUCGACCAGUUUGCCAGCAUGGAGGUCAAGCGUGAGGACGAGUUUUCGCCUCUCAAGAACGCACGCGGCACCGGCGAGGAUGACCCGGAUACAUCUAGGCUGGACAUCAUGACCCAGGGUAAGAAGUGGGUACAGGCUGCCGGCGCAACCGUCGUCAGCGAGGAACUUAAGGCAGGCGUCGAAGUCUCGCCGUUGAUCUCAUACGGCGGCGAAGGCCUCGAGUUCCUCAAGGAGCGCACCAUUGAGGCACCGGCUGUCAUCGAGUCUGAGGAUUAGGAAAUCCAAAAGACAUGGAAUGAUAACGCGGUCGUUCACCUGGAAGAGCACAAUUGGUGCCACACUGGACCUGGUGAUCUGUUGAUGCCACGUCCGAUGCCUCUCAUCAACCCUGUCAGAGAUGAUGACCGACCACAGUUGACUGGUCCACCCAAAAGAUGUGGGACUAAAAAAGAAAUAGACAUGAUUGAAUGAAACCAGUUGAGGACUUGACUGCCGCCAAAGGCUCCAGAAGCAUGUUCGAAAGUCGCGGGGCAUCACUUGACUUCCAAUCGGCAGACCUACUGUAACUACCUACUGAGUCUUUCGCAAAGGUAGGGGACUUUGACUGAACUAGAACACUGUUCUAGCGCUCAGUUCUAGUUCAGCUUAGCAAUCGAGU